UUUAGGAUUAAUAGCGCUUGUUUCAAUACGAUUUAUACUUUUUUUCUAUACAAACAAACUUCCUUUUCAUCUUCUGCUGCUUAAGUUCCCGUUAAAUACCAAUAUAAUCACAGAAAAAUCAACCUGAGAGUACUAAUGAGCUGCCAACCUGGGAGCAGACGAGUUUUAACAAGUAUUUCACGGCGUCGAAGAUUCCUCCAAACGCUCAGUAGUUGCAGUACAGUUUGUUUGUUUAGCUAAUGACUCCCGAAGUUGAUACAGUUCUUUGUAUCCCACCAGAAGAGAGGUUUUAGAGUUUUUAGCCAGUUGUCAGUGCUGGUAGCUUUAGCGCUGUUUGUGGUCAGAGGCAGAAACGCCACCCGCGGAAAUUGCCUUCUGUGAUUGGUCGUAAAACCGGAAGUACUUCCUCUUGCAGCGUUUGUCAACACAACAUGGUUGUUGUGUCACAGAAGAGUCACCGUUGGUCUUAGAAGGACACAUUCAAGGGGAAACGUCUGUCUCUUUAAUUGUUGUAUGACACUCUUCAAAGCCCGACCCAGGACUGUUUUCCUUUGUUUAUCCAGAGGCUUCGCUCUCAUGCGAAGACAGACUGAAACAUGCAGAAGCUCACGAUGGCGUCGCUGGCCUUAAACGGACUCAGCCGGUGUUUUGUAACAGAAAAGCAUUUAUCUGCUAUAAAAAUCACCAGGCGAGGAUUAGUAUGUGCAGAUCACGGGAAUGAUGUUUAUGAUAUAAUUAUAUCCGGGGGAGGGAUGGUUGGAUCUGCAAUGGCAUGUUCCUUGGGUUUGGAUCCAAACUUGGAGGGUAAGAAGAUUCUGCUGCUUGAAGCCGGCAACAAAAAACUAAUGGACAAAGUCCCUGACACCUAUAGCACCAGAGUUAGCUCCAUCAGUCCAGGCUCCGCCACACUUCUCAGUGGUAUCGGAGCAUGGGAGCACAUCACAAAGAUGAGGUUCAAGCCCUAUAAAAAGAUGCAGGUUUGGGAUGCCUGCUCAGAUGCCCUGAUCACAUUCGAUAAGGAGAACGUGGAGGACGAGAUGGCGUACAUCGUGGAGAACGACCUGGUCGUGGCCGCGCUCACUAGACAGCUGGACAGUCUGUCUGAAAAUGUACAAGUGAAGUACAGGUCCAAGGUGGUGAAAUACACAUGGCCCAUGCCUUCCCAGGAAACAGACUACAUCCCAUGGGUGCGCGUCACGCUGGCUAACGGAGAGACUCUUCAGACUAAGCUGCUGAUUGGUGCAGAUGGACCGAACUCAAUGGUGAGGCGGGAAUUAGGAAUACCCACAGUCAAGUGGAAUUAUGACCAGUCUGCUGUGGUUGCUGUACUGCACCUAUCAGAGCCCACGGAGAACAAUGUUGCAUGGCAGAGGUUCCUCCCAACAGGACCCAUUGCAAUGUUACCGCUGUCCGACACACACAGCUCUCUCGUGUGGUCAACCAGCCAUUCACUCGCAGAGGAGCUCCUCGAGCUGGAUGAGGAGCGCUUUGUUGACGCCAUCAACUCUGCCUUUUGGAGUAAUGAGAACCAGUCGGACCUAAUUGAGACGGCUGGCUCGCUGUUUCGAGGCGCUCUGUCAGCCAUCAUGCCGUCUGCAGGUUCACCUCGACAGCUUCCCCCGAGUGUGGCGGGGAUCGGCCCAAAGUCACGGGUCAUGUUCCCGCUCGGAAUGGGCCAUGCAUCUGAGUACAUCAGACACAGAGUUGCACUCAUUGGGGAUGCGGCCCAUCGUGUCCAUCCUCUGGCUGGUCAGGGAGUUAACCUGGGAUUUGGUGAUGUGGCCUGCCUCACGCAGAUCCUAAGUCAGGCGGCCUUUAACGGGAAAGACCUGGGAGCAAUUCAGCACCUGCUAGAAUAUGAAACCGAACGUCAGCGGCAUAAUCUGCCCAUGAUGGCUGCCAUCGACCUCAUGAAGCGGCUGUACUCCACCAACGCCGCGCCUGUGGUUCUCCUACGCACCUUCGGUCUGCAGGCCACCAACAUGCUCCCAACGCUGAAAGAGCAAAUCAUGGCAUUUGCGAGCAAAUGAUGCGUCUCUCAUGCAGCGGCCGUUUGUGGAUCUCCAGCGACUUUCAGCUCUAAAUGUUGUAAUGUAAAAAAUACAAUAAAAUAAUAAAAAUUUUAUUUUUCUCUUU